GUGCUCGGUGUUUCUCGGAACAUUCACGUCUCCGGAUCCUCCCGAACCUGACAAACACACCGUUCGCGCGCCACACGCAAUGGGACGACGUGCGAAAGCCUGAUAGUUCCCGUCACUCCACAUGUCAGCCUCGGAUCAAUCCACCCUGCACAUUGACACUGACUACGCGUGUUGACUCGAGCGGCGCCGUCUUGCCCAAGCCAAGUCCGGCCGAGAGAUAAUCCCCACAUGCACACUCGAGUUCCCAAUAAAUUAACCUGCAAUUUCACUUGUCUCCUUCCUCCCUUCCGUCCGCGAUUCGUAGCACUACAGGAACUUUGCAGAAAGCUUAACGUUCCGCGCCAUGUCGUCGCCAGGGAUGAUGACGAACCACACGGGCGCCGCGGCGGACCCGUACGGUCGGCAGCAGAGCUUCAGCGGCCGCGUGCUGCUCGCGGCCGUCGUCAUCCUGUUCGCGCUCACCGUCGUCUUCGUCGCCCUCCGCGUCCUGCUCUACAUGUGCUGCGCGUUCGGCGGCGGCGGGUCACGCGGCCGCGGCGGCGGCGGACUCGCGGCCGGCAUCCGGCGGUCCAUGAACUCCUUCGGCAGGAUCGGCAGCAGCCGGCGCGGGCUGGACGCGUCCGCGCUCUCCGCGCUGCCGGUCACGGCGUACCAGAAAUCGACCGGCGCCGCGGGGGACGCUGAAUGCGCCGUGUGCCUGUCGGAGCUCGCGGACGGGGACAAGGUGCGGGAGCUGCCGAAUUGCGGGCAUGUGUUCCACGUGGAGUGCGUUGACGCGUGGCUGCGGUCCAGGACCACGUGCCCGCUCUGCCGGGCCGGGGCGGAGCCGGAGACGGAGCUCAAGGGGAACGGCAAGGAGGAAGCGGCGCAGUCGUCGUCGUCUUCUUCGUCGGCGGCGGCCACGGGUCCGCCGCAGCCGGCGUUAUCCGGUCCAGGAGGAGGAAGCUUCAUCGUCACGGUACAUGGAUUUCCAGAUACCCGGAGAGACGCUCCCGGGUCAACAUCCGGGGCAGUUCAAUUGGUAUCUUCGUAUUCCUAGGCCACGCUAGCUGCAGGGAAAAUGCGAGGAAGGGUAUAUGUGAUACUUGCGUGCGUAUGUUGAUAUUGACAAACUGCUGUAGGUUAAUUAGACUGGGAAUGUAAAGGCUGUGAUCCUGAGUUUGCAGUUGCUAGCACUAGGAAAUCAUAGAAGUUCAUGUAAAUGACUCUUCACAGCUGUGUGUGCGUUGUGCUUUGCAGGACUUGCAUCCUCUCUAAUUUGUUUUUUUCCUUUGGAAACGGUUCAUUUGUUUGUUUUUUGUACUUUGGGGAAAGUACCAGGCACUUGCUUUGCCUUUUUAUUUUAAAAUGUCACUUAUUUGAAUUCCAUAUAAAA